UGGUGGCGGUGGAAAUAACGAUCAGAGAUCUGAUUUCGAAAUGUCCCAAUCUGCGCCUAACGCGCCGUCCGUCGUCGUGAAUUCACAAAAUAGCAGACAACAGGUCCCACUCAGAGACUAUCUCAACGCGCGAGUCGCACCAUUCCUGAAGAAAGCCAUUACCGAAAGUCUGGGUGUCGAAGCAGAGUUCCCGCUGCAAUGGCUCGGAGAAUGCCUGAUCCAUCAAUCGAUCCUCUAUGAGGGGAACCCUGACCGAACGAACAUUCGCGAGCGCUUCCAGUACAGAUUCGAAGAUCCCAAGCCACAGGAGCAAUCUGUCCAGCAGGAGCAGCAGCAACCGCCGUCGUCAGAAGCACCACCAGCACCUGAGCCACAGGCGGCCCAGGCGGAGGUGCCUCCUCAUGCGCAACCAGAGGUCGCAAUGAACGACGACGUGCCCACGGGCGGCGAGGAGGCUUCAACCGUUCCUGGAUCGACUGCUGAACCCACGAGCUCCGCAGCUGAGGCUCCGGUUGUGAAUGGAACAUCAGAGCAGGCAGAUACUACGGCACAGGAGACUCCAAAAGAUGAUGAUACAGAGAUGGGAGGCACAUCAUGAGAACAUGUAACGCAUACUUUGUACGGACAUAUAGCGACGGCGUUUGGUGAUUUGCAAAAUGAUUGGUAGGGAAGAAAUCCAACAUCGAUACCCCUGGGUGGCUGGACGGAUUCGCAAUACUGUACGGUUCAGAACUGAAGCUGCUACUGGCAUGAAGCUAAGAAGAUGCCCGGAAAACACAAAAAAAGAAGAUCUUGUGGCUUGCACGAGGUAUGCGAGAGGGAGGCUGCUUUCUCAGAAACAUGUUUUCUAUGUCGCGAGGCUACAAAC